ACCCCGGUUCUCCUCGUUCUCCGUUCUGCAAGAGAGGCUGGGACUGGUUCAGAUGCUGUGGAGCGUCCCCUUCCCAGCACAGGACUCGAGGCUGCUCUCUGCCUUUGUGUGUUUAACGCCGGCACUGGCUUGGGGCAACCCGUUCGGUUUCCUGCUUCCUUGUCGGAUUGUUGCUAUCUGAGCCGCGGGGGAGAGGCUUUGGCUGCCAGGGUAGGAUGGUGGAUCUGGAGAGUGAGGUGCCUCCUCUUCCUCCCAGGUACAGGUUUCGGGAUUUGCUGCUGGGAGACCAAGGAUGGCAGAACGACGACAGGGUACAAGUUGAAUUUUAUAUGAACGAAAAUACAUUUAAAGAGAGACUGAAGCUAUUUUUCAUCAAAAACCAAAGAUCAAGUCUCAGAAUACGAUUGUUCAAUUUUUCUCUCAAGUUAUUAAGCUGUUUGUUAUAUAUAAUUCGAGUGCUCCUGGAUGAUCCUACACAAGGACAUGGAUGCAAGGAAUUAAACAGGGGCUGUUCCAGUCAAAACUACACACCUGCAAAGAUUGAUUGGUCUCCUAUUAUUUGGGUGAACAGAAGCUUGCCUUUAUGGGGAUUACAGGUUUCAGUGGCUUUGAUAAGUCUGUUUGAAACAAUGCUGCUGGGUUAUCUGAGCUACAAGGGAAACAUCUGGGAACAAGUUUUGCGAAUACCCUUCCUCCUGGAAAUAAUCAACGCUGUCCCCUUUAUCAUUACAAUUUUCUGGCCUGCACUAAGAAACCUAUUUAUUCCAGUAUUUUUAAAUUGCUGGCUUGCCAAACAUGCUUUGGAGAACAUGAUUAAUGAUCUCCAUAGAGCCAUUCAACGUACACAGUCUGCAAUGUUUAACCAAGUUCUUAUUUUAAUAUCCACAUUGCUGUGUCUUAUCUUCACCUGUAUUUGCGGAAUUCAGCAUCUGGAGCGAGCAGGAAACAAGUUGACUCUCUUUGACUCCCUUUAUUUCUGCAUAGUGACAUUUUCCACUGUGGGCUUUGGGGAUGUUACACCCAAGAUCUGGCCUUCAAAACUGCUGGUUGUCAUUAUGAUCUGUGUUGCCCUUGUGGUGUUGCCCAUACAGUUUGAACAGCUGGCUUAUUUGUGGAUGGAGAGACAGAAGUCUGGGGGUAACUACAGUCGACACAGAGCUCAGACAGAGAAACAUGUGGUACUGUGUGUCAGCUCCCUGAAGAUUGACUUGCUUAUGGAUUUCUUAAAUGAGUUCUAUGCUCAUCCCAGACUGCAGGACUAUUAUGUGGUUAUUUUGUGUCCUACUGAGAUGGAUGCUCAAGUGAGAAGGGUGUUGCAAAUUCCCAUGUGGUCUCAAAGAGUUAUCUAUCUGCAAGGCUCAGUACUGAAAGAUCAGGACCUGUUGAGAGCUAAGAUGGACGAUGCUGAGGCCUGUUUCAUUCUGAGUAGCCGGUGCGAGGUGGACAGGACAGCAGCGGAUCAUCAAACCAUUUUAAGAGCCUGGGCAGUUAAAGACUUUGCUCCAAAAUGUCCUUUAUAUGUCCAAAUAUUAAAACCUGAAAAUAAAUUCCACAUCAAGUUUGCAGAUCACGUUGUAUGUGAAGAGGAGUUCAAAUAUGCUAUGCUAGCUUUAAACUGUAUCUGCCCAGCUACUUCUACGCUAAUCACCCUGCUGGUUCAUACCUCUAGAGGACAAACAGCACCUUGGGAAGCUUUUAGACAUCUAACUGGAACCAAGCAGUCUUUAACCAGGGAGGGUCAACAAUCACCAGAACAGUGGCAGAAAAUGUACGGCCGAUGCUCUGGUAAUGAAGUGUAUCACAUUAAUCUGGAGGACAGUACGUUUUUUGCUGAAUAUGAGGGAAAGAGCUUUACAUAUGCUUCUUUCCAUGCACAUAAAAAGUUUGGAGUCUGUUUGAUUGGUGUUAGGAGGGAAGAUAACAAAAACAUUUUGCUGAAUCCAGGCCCUCGAUAUAUUAUGAGCUCUACAGAUAUAUGUUUUUAUAUCAACAUUACCAAAGAAGAAAAUUCAGCUUUUAAAAAGCAAGAACAUCAUAGAAAAAAUAAUGAAUCCAAAUCAUACUACCAUGGACCUUCUAGGUUGCCCUUGCACAGUGUAAUUGCCAGUAUGGGGACCGUGGCUAUAGAUUUACAAGAUACAGGAUGUAGAUCUUCCAGUGGACCUACCCUAACCCUUCCUUCAGAGGGAAGUAAAAAUGGCAGAAGAUCUAGCAUAGCACCUGUUUUGGAGGUUGCAGACUCCUCAUCACUUCAAGCGUGUGAUCUUCUAAGUGACCAGUCAGAGGAUGAAACUACUCCAUCAGAUGAUGACAUUUCUACAGGUUUAGAGUAUGCUAAAGGUUAUCCUCCUUACUCUCCUUAUAUUGGAAGUUCUCCCACAUUUUGCCAUCUGCUGCAUGAAAAAGUGCCAUUUUGUUGUUUAAGACUGGACAAGGGGUGCCAACAUAACUACUAUGAAGAUGCCAAAGCCUAUGGAUUCAAAAAUAAAUUGAUUAUAGUUGCAGCAGAGACAGCUGGAAAUGGCUUAUACAACUUUAUUGUUCCACUCAGAGCUUAUUACAGACCAAAGAAAGAACUCAACCCUAUAGUAUUACUUCUGGAUAACCCGCCAGAUAUGCAUUUUCUGGAUGCAAUCUGUUGGUUUCCAAUGGUUUACUACAUGGUGGGCUCUAUUGACAACCUAGAUGAUUUGCUAAGAUGUGGGGUGACCUUCGCUGCCAACAUGGUGGUUGUGGACAAGGAAAGUACUAUGAGUGCUGAGGAAGACUAUAUGGCAGAUGCCAAGACUAUUGUAAAUGUACAAACUCUCUUUAGGUUAUUUUCAAGUCUAAGCAUAAUCACAGAACUAACUCACCCAGCCAAUAUGAGAUUCAUGCAGUUCAGAGCCAAAGACUGCUACUCUCUUGCGCUAUCAAAGCUGGAAAAGAAAGAACGUGAGAAGGGUUCUAAUCUGGCAUUUAUGUUUCGACUGCCUUUUGCUGCUGGAAGGGUUUUCAGCAUCAGUAUGUUGGACACCCUGCUGUACCAGUCAUUUGUGAAGGAUUAUAUGAUCUCUAUCACAAGACUUCUGCUGGGACUAGAUACCACACCAGGAUCUGGGUUUCUUUGUUCUAUGAAAAUCACAGAAGAUGACCUAUGGAUUAGGACAUAUGCCAGACUAUAUCAGAAACUUUGUUCUUCAACAGGAGAUAUUCCUAUUGGAAUCUAUAGAACUGAAUCACAAAAACUUACAACAUCUGAGUCACGAGAAAUGGCUUCACAAUCUCAAAUUUCUAUUAGUGUCGAAGAAUGGGAAGACACCAAAGACACCAAAGAACAAAUAAACAACCGCAAUAACCAUCGUAACUCCACAUCCAGCGAUCAGUCAGAUCAUCCCUUGUUACGACGGAAGAGCAUGCAAUGGGCCCGACGGCUGAGUAGAAAAGUGCCAAAGCACUCCGGAAAAACAGCGGAGAAAAUAAGUCAGCAGCGGAUGAGCCUUUACAAGAGGUCAGAAAGACAGGAACUUGCUGAACUUGUGAAGAACAGAAUGAAGCACUUGGGACUUUCCACAGCAGGAUAUGGUAUGACUAUUAUUAUUGUCUAA